UUCUUUUCGCUUCUCUUCUCUUCUCCACCCCCACCUCCCGGUUUAAGUUGGAGCGCGUGAUGAGCGCUCGGGUUGCAGCCGUAGCCGCCCGCGCGCCUCUGGAUCGGUACAACGGAGCACGCGGACAGCAGCAGAGUCGGGCCGUGAUGUAAAACGCCAAUGGAGUUAGGAAUUUAUGACAGAACAUGGGGAAGAUGAGCGUCCUGUCGCUGUGUUUUCUCUUGUGCGCCGAUCUGCUGGAUUUAGCCUUCGGGUAUUUAACAGUCACAAUAGACCCCUUACCACCUGUUGUUGUGGGAGAGACGGUGACACUGAAGUGCAACUUCAAGACCGACGGCAGAUUGCGAGAGAUAGUUUGGUACAGGGUUACAGAUGGAGGCACAAUUAAACAGAAGAUUUUCACUUAUGAUGCCAUGUUUAAUACCAAUUACUCCCACAUGGAGGACUAUCGCAGGAGAGAAGACCUGGUAUAUCAGUCAACAGUUCGGCUCCCAGAAGUCCGAAUUUCAGACAACGGGCCUUACGAAUGCCACGUGGGCAUCUACGAUCGGGCCACCCGGGAAAAAGUGGUCCUGGCAUCAGGGAAUGUCUUUCUCACAGUCAUGUCACCGCCCAACAACAUCUCAGUAGUAGCAGAGAACACACCAGCGCCGUUCAGCCGCUACCAAGCCCAGAACCUCACUUUGAUCUGCACUGCCAAAGGAGGCAAACCCGCACCAUCGGUAUAUUUUAAGCGAGACGGUGAGCUGAUUGAAGUGAUCUCCUACGUCUCACCGACGGCAGCCGAUGAAGGAGGAGGCUCAGCAGGUGUGCGCAGGGCAAGGCCUCUGAUGAGCAGGGAUCUGGAUGACACCAAAAUGCAGAAAUCACUGUCUCUGCUUGGACGCCUCUAUACUGAGAGUCCGAGACGGAGCUACGCGGCCCGGCAGGCACGUUAUGAGACCAGUCCAGCUACAGAGGCUAUCCCAGAGACGGUGGUGAGCCGCGAGUUUCCGCACUGGGUGCAAAGUGCCGACCCGGCCUACUUCUUCAGCAAUGCCCACCUCCCACAGAGCGAUGGUUCUGUGACUGUGCAAGCCAAGCUCACAUGGACCCUGAACCCUCAAAUGGACAAUGAUGCCCUAUUCAGCUGUGAGGUUAAACACCCAGCCCUCUCCAUGCCUAUGCAGACUGAGGUCACAUUGGCGGCUCCUAAAGGCCCCAAGCUUAUCAUGACCCCAACCAGGGCGAAGGUAGGAGACACGGUGCGCAUCAUUGUGCAAGGAUUCCAGAACGAGGUGUUCCCCGAGCCGCUGUUUACCUGGACACGAGUGGGAGGACGUCUGCUGGACGGCACCAGUGAGAGGGAAGGGAAGGAGCUAGUGCUGGAGCGAGUGCCUGCAGAACUCAACGGCUCCAUGUACCGCUGUACAGCACAGAACCCACUGGGUUCUACUGAUACACAUACACGCCUCAUCGUUUUCGAAAACCCAAGCAUGAUGAAACACACACAGAAUCAAAACAGUAAGUGUGGGAACCUUCUGGGACUGCAGAAUGAGAUGGUAUCCGGCUGUUUGCCAGAGCACCAGACUUUUUUCUUUCUUUCUUUCUUUCUUUCUUUUUUCCUUUUUUGUGAGUUUUUUCACAUAUUUUGAAAUGACAAGUGAGCCACCUGCGAAGCAUCUCUGCAGCAUCUGCUCCCUGCAGCACAGUAUAUGAAUUCAAAAUUGCAUUUACAGUAGGAACUUAAGACCAAAUUGAAGAGCACUAGAACUCUAUAAGCAUGUUAUUAACUUGUUAUUAACAUCUAGCUAUAGACUAAAUUCUUAACACUUUACUUAAGGGUACUGUUCAUUAAGCUACAUGACACCUUCAUAAACCCUUUAAGACAACUGAUGAGAUAAACUUACAGUACAUAAAUAUUUAUCAAGGCGAUAACACUUUCUAUGAAGCUCAAGCUUAUAAUGAAUUAUAGUUCCAUUUAUAAUUAUUUAUAAGCAAGUAUUACUGCUCUAUAAACACAUUCAUAACGACACAUAAAGACCUAGACUUUGUUAUAAUAACAGUUAUAGCUACAUUUAUAUUAUUGUUAUACUUACUUAUAAGUGAUACACUUGCUUUUUCAGUGCCCAUGCUCAUAAUGCAUUACACACCAAUUUAUAUGUAGUAAUUACUCAAUCUUAUGGUUCCAUUAAUAUAUUCAUAAAAAUGCAGCCUACAUUUUUAUAAUGUUAUUAUAUUAUAGUUAUAAUGACUUACUAGUAAUACAGAUUUAUUUCUAGGUCCAAUAAGUGAAUUAUUUUAUAUUGUUGUUGAUAGUUAUGUUGUGCUGCCUUAUAAAUACAAAUACUAACCUUUUAUAAAUGCAUCAUUGAUGGCGUUAAGUAAAGUGAAAACAUGGUAUGCAGUUUCCAUAAUGCAAAAACGCAAGUGUGCUACGUGAUGAAAGUUCAAAUUUGGUGAACUCUGACCUGUGUAAUCAUAUCACUGGAGAGGUGUGGCCAAUAGAUGAUCGCGUCAUCACUGUGUGACCUUUUCAAUAAAAAAUUAUAAUAAAUAAAAUAAUGGAAGUGCUAAGUUUAGUGGAAUCGAGCUAUCCUGU